ACACUUGCACUUACACACACUGUCGUACAAUGCAUAUCCCUGUUAUCAUUUAAUCAAACGGUCAAUAUCAAACCUAUAUCAUUUAAUCUAACGGCCAUCACAUCAACCGCGUUUACCCAUGAAAUCUUCUUCAUCCUCUCUUCUCUCUUAUACCCUCCUUGCCGCGCCCUAUUCUCUCUCUCUCUCUCUCAUUUUCCAGAUUCACUCUUUCUCUCUCUAAAACCGUUCUCUCUCUUCUCUCAUUCACCAUAACGUUUUCAUUCAUUAAGUUAAGUUAUAUAUAGAGAGUGUAAUAACAAUUAACCAACCGUUGAUUAAUUAAGAUGCAACAAACCAACGGUUCAGAUUCAUCAUCGCCGUCCGAGACGACGACGAACAAACAACAACGACAACAACCACCGGCACCGGUGGCGGUACCACAACAGUGGAUUCCGAUGCAGUAUCCAACAGCGGCGAUGGUAAUGCCACAUCACAUGAUGCCACCACAACAUUACGCGCCGCCUCCAUAUGUUCCUUAUCACCACCAUCACCAUCAGUUUCAGCAACCGUUGCACGUGCCACCACAUCAGCAUCAGAAUCAUCAGAAUCAGCAUGGAUCCAAUGGAGAGAAUAAGACUUUGUGGAUUGGUGAUUUGCAUAGCUGGAUGGAUGAGAGUUAUCUUCAUCGCUGUUUUGCUUCUACUGGAGAGAUUACCUCCGUCAAGGUUAUUCGCAAUAAACACAGUGGUAUUUCAGAGGGUUAUGGAUUUGCGGAGUUCUUUUCACAUGCCACAGCUGAGAAAGUUUUACAGAAUUAUGCUGGAAUUUUGAUGCCAAAUGCUGAUCAAGCUUUCCGUUUGAACUGGGCAACAUUUAGCACAGGAGACAAGGGAUCGGAUAAUGUUACUGAUCUGUCUAUUUUUGUAGGAGAUUUAGCUGCUGAUGUUACAGAUAGUGUGUUGCAUGAAACUUUUUCUAGUUCAUAUCCUUCUGUUAAAGCUGCUAAAGUUGUUUAUGAUGCCAAUACUGGCCGUUCAAAGGGCUAUGGAUUCGUCAGGUUUGGAGAUGAAAGCGAGAGAUCUCAGGCUAUGACUCAAAUGAACGGUGUUUACUGUUCUAGCAGGCCCAUGCGUAUCGGUGCUGCAACUCCAAGGAAAUCAUCUGGCCAUCAACCAGGAGGUCAGUCAAAUGGCACAUCCAGCCAAUCUGAAGCAGAUUCUACAAACACAACAAUAUUUGUUGGAGGACUCGACUCUAAUGUUACAGAUGAAGAUCUUAAGCAGACGUUCUCUCAGUAUGGUGAGAUAGCAUCUGUUAAGAUACCUGUUGGAAAGGGCUGUGGUUUUGUCCAAUUUGCAAACAGAAAUAAUGCUGAAGAGGCUUUGCAGAAGCUAAACGGGACAAUGAUUGGUAAGCAAACUGUUCGUCUCUCUUGGGGCCGCAAUCCAGCAUAUAAACAGUUUAGGCUUGACGUUGGAAGCUGGGCCGGGCCAUAUUUUCCAUCCCCUAUUUAUGAUGGAUAUGGAUAUGCAAUGCCUUCUCCUCAUCAUGACCCAAGUAUGUAUCCUCUAGCUUAUGGGGGUUACCCUAUUUAUGGAGGCCACUCACAACAAGUAAGCUGAUUGAAGGGCAUUGCAGGAGUAGCACUCAGAACAAGUUACAACAACUCUUAGAUGAGAAAAUUAUAUAUUCAUAUAUAACUUGUUUUGUGUGUUGAGUUCUUAAGAAUCCCCUCCUAAUUGUGGAGUGGAGUUGAAUUUUGAUAACAUGAGGUAGAACUGUAGGGAUUCAAUUAAUCGUUAUUUUAGACUUGUAGGAGUAAUUCUACCAAAAAGAAACAUGUAGGAGUAAUGAUUAUUGAGGAUUCGGAACUUAAUUAUCGGAAUAAUUAUCUUAAGAAUCACAGUGUGUGUGCUUGCUUGAAUA